GAGAGAGAGAGAGAGAGAGAGAGAGAGACCACUCUGUUCAGUUCCUGGGGGACGAAGAGAGUUGGAAUAGAGGAAUGCAAGAAGAUUCAAAAAGGAUGGCAUUGAUACCAGAUCGUUUAGCAAGCAAAGCAGAUAAAGAUUAGGGUUCCUAUGGCAACUGGCUCAGCCACAGUAGGGAUUUGGGGAGAGAGGCAAAUGAGAAGUGAGCUCGUCUGACAAAAACCCCAACAUUAAAGGAAACAGACCUGACCUUUUCCUAGUUUCAGCAUUGGCUUGUCUUCACUAUCUACUGAAGGAGAUGUUACAAAGUCCAUCUUCAAGAUGGAAAGCGAUGCUCCCAGGAAAGCAAUAUCCAGGUCUGGCCUUCAGCAUUUGGCUCCUGUUCAGAACCUCAACAUUGCCAUCACCAACGGACCAGUGAAGGAAACAAGGAUGGCACUGGAAUGGAGUGAAAAUGCAGUGAACGGUGAACAUCUCUGGCUGGAGACGAAUGUUUCCGGGGAUCUGUGCUACCUAGGGGAGGAGAGCUGCCAAGUCAAGUUCUCAAAGUCAGCUCUUCGACGAAAGUGCGCUGCCUGUAAAAUUGUAGUCCACAAUGCCUGUAUGGAACAGUUAGAUAAGAUUAACUUCCGGUGCAAGCCAACUUUCCGAGAAGGCAGUUCUAGAUCUCCCAGAGAGAAUUUCGUUCGACAUCAUUGGGUUCACAGAAGGCGGCAGGAGGGGAAGUGUAAGCAGUGUGGAAAGGGGUUUCAGCAAAAAUUCUCCUUCCACAGUAAAGAGAUUGUGGCCAUCAGCUGUUCAUGGUGCAAGCUGGCGUUUCACAAUAAAGUCACCUGCUUCAUGCUGCAGCACAUUGAGGAGCCGUGUUCGCUCGGGGCUCAUGCAGCUGUCAUCGUACCCCCCACCUGGAUCAUUAAGGUGAAGAAACCUCAGAAUUCUCUGAAAAAUUCAACCAGGCGGAAGAAGAGGACAUCAUUUAAAAGGAAAGCCAGCAAAAGAGGGAAUGAGGAGAACAAAGGCCGGCCUUUUGUGAUAAAGCCCAUCUCUUCCCCUCUCAUGAAACCCUUGCUUGUGUUUGUGAAUCCCAAAAGUGGAGGGAAUCAGGGUACUAAGGUUCUCCAGAUGUUCAUGUGGUAUUUGAAUCCACGUCAGGUCUUUGACCUCUCUCAGGAAGGACCGAGAGACGCGCUUGAGUUGUACAGAAAAAUGCCAAAUCUGCGAAUCCUGGCCUGUGGUGGGGAUGGAACGGUGGGCUGGAUCCUGUCCAUCCUGGAUGAGUUGCAGCUGAAUCCCCAGCCUCCGGUCGCUGUGCUUCCUCUUGGCACUGGGAAUGACCUUGCUCGCACCCUCAACUGGGGAGGGGGAUACACGGACGAGCCCGUUGCAAAAAUUCUCUGCCAUGUUGAAGAUGGGACCAUUGUCCAACUGGACCGCUGGAAUCUCCAGGUGGAGAGAAACCCGGAUUUGCCCCAAGAUGAACUUGAAGAUGGAACACGGAAGCUUCCCCUCAGUGUUUUCAAUAAUUACUUCAGCCUUGGAUUUGAUGCUCACGUCACGCUAGAAUUCCAUGAAUCUCGAGAAGCAAAUCCUGAAAAAUUCAACAGCCGCUUUCGAAAUAAAAUGUUUUAUGCUGGGGCAGCCUUUUCAGAUUUCCUUCAGAGGAGCUCCAGAGAUUUAUCCAAACAUGUGAAAGUUGUGUGUGAUGGCACAGAUCUGACCUCAAAGAUCCAGGAGUUGAAAUUUCAAUGUAUAGUGUUUUUAAAUAUACCCAGGUAUUGUGCUGGCACAAUGCCCUGGGGGAACCCAGGAGACCACAGAGAAUUUGAACCUCAGCGGCAUGAUGAUGGUUACAUCGAGGUCAUUGGGUUCACCAUGGCCUCCUUGGCUGCUCUUCAGGUGGGAGGUCAUGGCGAAAGGUUGCACCAGUGCCGGGAGGUGACGUUGUUGACAUACAAGUCCAUUCCCAUGCAAGUGGAUGGGGAGCCUUGCCGUCUGGCUCCAUCACUCAUCCGAAUCUCCCUGAGGAAUCAGGCCAACAUGGUGCAGAAGAGCAAGAGGAGGACAUCUAUGCCUUUACUCAAUGACCCCCAUGCCAUCCCAGAACGCCUGCGGGUCAGAGUGAACAGAAUUAGUUUACAAGAUUACGAGGGAUUGCAUUAUGACAAGGAAAAACUCCGGGAAGCUUCUAUUCCUCUGGGAAUGAUAGUUGUCCGAGGAGACUGUGACUUGGAGACUUGUCGUAUGUAUGUGGAUCGCCUAGAAGAGGAUUUGCAGUCAGUAACUUCAACUACACAAAGAGUCCACUACCAGGACCAGGAAAGCUCUUUCCCAAGAGUAUCAUCGGUCCAGAGACUUUCCCCUAGAUGGUGCUUCCUAGAUGCAACUUCUGCUGAUCGCUUUUACCGCAUCGACAGAUCUCAGGAACAUUUGCACUUCGUGACCGAAAUUUCGCAGGACGAGAUUUUUAUCUUGGACCCAGAGCUGGUGGCAACUCAGCCAGCGGGGACCCCUCCGGGAAUGCCUGAUCUGGUGGUGGAGCAGGCCUCUGGAAUAUCAGAUCGGUGGAACCCAGCCGUUCGAAAACGCAUGCUGAGUGACAGCGGCCUGGGGAAGAUGUCCCCGCACUACGAGGUACCUGAAAAACAAAAGGAGGCCGGCCAGAUGCACAUGCUGCAGUCUCCAGUUUCUUCAGAAGAUCAUGCACUUUUACAGUCAGUAGUAGCUGGCGAUUUUCUAAAAUUCAUAGAAUGCUGUAAAAAGGGAGCUAAUCUGUUAAUCCAGGGACCUGACCACUGUUCCUUGCUUCAUCAUGCAGCCAAGACUGGGCAUGGCGAGAUUGUGAAGUACAUCCUAGACCAUGGUCCUUCUGAGUUACUGGAUAUGGCGGAUGGUGAAAUGGGUGAGACGGCACUGCACAAGGCAGCCUGCCAGCGCCAUCGUGACAUCUGCCAGCUCUUGGUAGAGGCAGGAGCGUCAUUGAGGAAAGCGGAUUCCAAGGGUAAGACGCCCCGAGACAGGGCCCAGCAGGCUGGGGAUCCAGAUUUAGCCUCAUACUUGGAAGGUCGGCAGAACUACCAAGUGGUUCCCCAUGAGGACCUCGAGACUGCAGUGUGAUAUUGGUGGUGCAUGGGAGAACACCCUAGGGGAUAUUGAGUCUGCACCCAAGGCACUGUGGGUCAUCAUGUGAGGCAGAAGCGAAUGGCAUCGACGCGUCCUAGCAAAUCAUCUUGAGAAGAUGCCACCAGUUUCUAAGGGCUAUGGAGACUUGCCACGGAACUCUCGUGUUCCCAGAUGUUGGCCUGUAAGAAUAAAGGAGGAGACUCAAAGGUCUGUGGGAUCCAUGGGCCAAGGACGUUUGCUCUUAAUUCUCUCAGCAAGUAGCAUGAACAUCUCCCAUGUUCCUCUGUAGAAUUUAUUUGAGCAACAACAUCAACAAAGGUGCGGGAGGAAGAAACAAAGUAUCGCGAAUAUUUGAAAUCCAGUCAAACCUCCCUCUCCCCUUAUUCCUUGCCAUAAAACUCUCGGUUCUCUUACAUUAGCCCUGUAUACCCCUGUUCUUCAAUCUUGUGCUCUACAUUCCUUCCCCUUCAGUCUCCACAGUUGCACGUCAGUAAAGUGGUGUCUGUUUAUCUCUGUGCUAAAUCUUCAUGGCUGCUCGGGUUGAAGUCAAUGGGUUGAGGAGAACCCUGGGUACCUUUGGCAAAACAAUACUGCUUUAAAUAAUGUGUUCUCAUCUCACGUUCCCUCAGAGGUUGCAUUGCCAGAUAGUCACUUUUCGUUUUGAACAUAUUUCUCCUCCUAAGUUGCCCAAAUAUGCACUAGGGGGGUCUCAGAACCAAUUACAAAGAAGGGGAGCUGAUUUGUCAUGCAUUUGAGAGUACAACGGCUAUAGUGUGAUGGUGGUCCACAAAGAAACAGGUCAGGUGGUAGGGGCAUGCUAACAUUAUCUCAGAAAAUAUGCUAGUCCUAUUCAAAUUCCUCUGGCAUUUGGACUGAGGAGGAAGUAGGAUGGGUGAAUCUGUCAGCUUUGCUUUCCCCUGCAUUUAGAUUGUUUAAAUCUCAAGGUUUUUUCUUCCCCAACCAUGGAGUAUUGUGUACAAUUCUGGGCACCACAUUUCCAGAAGGACAUUGACAGGUUAGAACAGGUUCAGAGGAGGGCAACGAAGAUGACACUGGGAGUUGAGGACAUGCCCUGGAAGAAAAAGCUGUUGAAGGAACUUGGUAUGUUCAAUCUGGAGAAAAGCAGACUGAGGGAAGAUAUGUUAGCAGUGUUCUGGUACAUAAAAGGAUAUCACAGUGAAGAUGGUCAAGAACUAUUUUCCAUUGCCACAGAAAUUAGGAAUAAUGGGUAUAAGUUACAGCUACCUAGGUUUUGGUUAAAUAUAAGGAAAAACUUCCUGAUCGUAAGAUCUGUUCAACAGUGGAACUGUCUACCUACGGAGGUUGUGGCUUCUCCAUCUCUGGAGCUUUUUAAGAAGAGGCUGGGCAGCCACCUCUCAUGGAUGGCUUAAUUGGUUCCCCUGCGCAUUGCAGAGGGUUGGAGUAGAUGAUCCUUAUGGUCCCUUCCAACUCCACACUUCUAUGAUUCUCUGAAGAAUAUUGCAAAGUUUGCUGAAUUCUAAUAAAAAAUGGACUGAAACGAAAUUCUCCCUCCAUCUGCACAGUAUAGCUGCUCGCCAUGUAGCUGUUACAGAUGAGGAGCCUGUCAGAAUAAAGAGGUGGCCAUGUACCUGGUUGAGCACACAGGGAUUCAAACCCAGGCUUUUAAGAUGAAAGCACUCAAAGCUGUGGGUCUGGAUGGAUAUAUCUGUUAAUUUUAGUUUCUCCAAGUUCUUGUUGUCCCCAAAUUGGAAAACUUUGCCAUUUGGGGUAAAUUCUUAACAAAACCAAACUGAAAUAAUAUUCUCACCCAUCCCUAGGAGAAACCUUCAGAAAUUUGUUUCAAACUUCCCUUUGGAAAAAUCUGAUGAGAACCUAUGGAUGUGUCAAAUUCACCCAAGAAACUGUGUUCAUCAUAGCCUUUCUGUGGCCACUCUGGUGUGAUGUCUCAGUUCCCUCUUUGCUGACCGCAAUGGCUUUGCUUAGUCCUGAAUCUCAUCUGGAAUUAGCCACAUUUGGAUACAUGAGGAUAUGUUUAGGCUGCUGGAGAUCAGAAUAAAAGAAUAAAUACCUACAAUGCUUUAUAUUUGAGUAAUGAACAUUACCUUUGGCUCUUUG